GAACAGAAGCUACAGGUGCACCGGAGGUCUAAAACUAUAUUUGCGGAGAGAAUAUACAUUUUGGAAAUUAUUAUAAAUCCAAAAAUAUUACUUUCAUAGAUUUGGAAGCAAAAUCAGGAGAAAAAAUCAAGCUACUUGAAAUACAUCAUUCCGAAUGGAGUAGGCUGCAAAAUUGUGACUCGAUCGCGAUAUCGCGUAUUCCUGCGAGAGAAGUUAGUGGAGUUCGAUCUAUCAGACCUCAGUCGUCUCGAUCUCGACUUUUGUGAGCCGCUAGCUGCCCCGAUCAACGGGCAGGGACAGACGCACUAGCCACGGCACUAGGCAUGCUAGGAGAGCGAGAAGAACCCGAAGUUAGGGCUGACGUACUGUGGAGCCUGUUUUGAGGAAAAUAUAUUCGAUUUGAAGAUAUUGAAAGAGAUUCAGACAUUGAGUAGACUUAAAUCAGAAUGCUAUAAAUAGGAGAUUGACCUGUUAGGAUGGCAAGUGAAGUAUCAACAUAUCCUUUGUUUAAUUAUUUCGACAACUCUCCUGAACUUUUGCUUCAAGAGCGGGAGUACAUCUAUGCCGACAAAUCACCGCACGAGACCUCCUUCAAACUGAGACCGAUCCAAGCAAAAUGCUCCAGACUCCCACCCCGGUCUUUGUCAAAUAUCGAAAUCAACCACAAGCUUCGGACCAGUGUGGAACAAUCAUGCACACCCGAGCCGUCUGAUGCGUUCCGGAUGUGGGUAGAAAGUGGGAGGCGUGCGCCACCGUUCCCCCCGCGAUGGGAUGACCAGUAUAACAGUAACGUCUGGAGGAACUUCAGUCAUGGCGAAGGCUACAAGAUAUCCACUCCUGGUAGGCGAGUUAAAGAAACGAUAGCGGCGAUGUACCCCCUACCCGUCCCCUCACACUCUGAAAUGGGCGAUCACACGUUUACAAAGUUCCUUAGUGAAGUGCCUGUCAUCCGCGACCCAAAGAAACGCCAUCUGGCGAUCACCCACUCAAUGAGGGAACUGCAGGACUUUCAGCGCCUCAAGCUUCGCAGCCAGAUGAGAGUCCCACCCAUGGACACAGAAGGGAACAUCGUCCCGCCCGAAGGGUUCGUUCGUCAUGAGCGCCGGUUCAGGGGGGAACCGCAUUCAACCGUGACAACAAAGUUCAGGGAGAUGAAUGAAAUCGAUCGGGAGAGCCAACGUAGUAAACUCGGAACUCACAUGACUAGUCCUAACAGACUCUGGAAGGUAUCCUUCAAAGACAACCAUCCAGAUUUCGAGAGGGUUAUGAAAGAAACAGCAGAGAAAAAAUCCCUCUCAAAGCAGAAAAAGGAUAGGAAAUUUGCUGCCCCACUCGAAAUAUAUUUCAAGUGAGUUUCUUUUCUGAGCAGAUCUUGAACAGAACUUUAAAAUCCAUUUAGAGGUUGUGUCAAUACUCUGGUUUUAGGUACUGCCCAAACGGAUAGUGUGCGAUAUAUUAGAAUGUCAUAUGGGGUGGAUCCAAGAUUUGCUAAGGGGGAGGGGCAAAGGAAAUCUGAUUGAACUUUUAGGGAUGCUAUAUAUUUGUACCUAGACUGGAUAAAAAAGUCUGAUGAUCAUUCAGAAUGACGCUAUUUCUAUAUAAAAGGGGAGUUUUCUAUUUCCAAAAAUGUGUGUUUAAGUCUAAAUUCAGUCUGAAAAUUGGCCUCCCUGAUCUUUUCAAUUUGUUGACAGCCCUUCCCCACCCCCCUUCCAAAAAAUAGCUCAUCCAAAAAGGGGGAAAGGGAGUACUUCUCAUGAAGUUUUAGAAGCAAUUCUCAAUUUGGGGCAAUAAGAGAAGAAGGGGCCAUGCACACCCUUUUGCCCCCCCCCCCCGGGCUCUCCCCAAGAUCUGUAUCUUGAUUCUUGUUUAAUGAAGUGUGUACAAUGUACCAUGAUGCUUGGUUUUAGUGUUUUAAAUAGUUAAAAAUGCUUGUGAGUUCAAACAGAAUAAGUUUUGAAGUCAAUUAGUGAUAUUUGCAUAGCAAUGACUUAAUUAAGCCUAGGUUAACUUUGAUAACUGUUAUUGAAUGCUAAUAUUUCAUUGUGCCUCAUUCAAGAAGAACAAAUAACUUGAAUAAUAUAUUGUAAAGUUUUUCAUAAAUUUGCUUUAAUAUGAGAAAUAAAGGAUAUAAAUUGA